CUCCUAAUUGUAGAUUUCUCGGUCUUAUUAUUAUUUUUAAGCUAUACUCUCCUUCUAUUUAUUGAUUUAUUUAGCUGCUUUUUAUGAUAUAAAUGUGUUUCAAAGGCUCAGAAACUCUUAUAUUUUUUUCUGCAGAUUCUCUUCUUCUGAGUAGGUAAUUCUGAAGCAGAAUUUAUAUCUGCUGUAGCUUUCUUCAGAAUCCAUAUAUCUUUUAUUUACCUUUUUGCUCUCUUCAUUCUCUUUUAAACAACACAACCCUUUCAAGCUUCACUCUUCGUCAUUAACCAACUGUCACUCACAACCCCCCAACAAUGGAUGAAUAUUGCAAGAGAAGCGGGCAGAUACCAGCAUUUGGAGACUGGGACAAUGCAAAUGAGCUGCCUAUAACUCAGUACUUCGAAUGCGCUAGACAAGCGGGUUUGAUUCGUUUCAGCUCUUCAUCUGGAGAAUCUAACCCUUAUGUUGCUGCUCAUGACUUGUAUGAAACAGCUGAUUCAAGGAAACAUUCUCGUAAUCUUGCUCCUCCUAGAAAGAAACUUUGUACAGUGGGGACAUGGAGAAGUAAUAAAGCACUAAUCUGUCUUCAAGCCUUUUUCUGGGAACUUUUCCUAUCUAGGCAACAGUUGGCACUGAUAAUAAUGGAGAUGGGCGGUGGUAUGCAGCAGGCGAGUAGGGUAAGGGAAAAGGGAGGAGCGCAUGUUAAGGAGCAAAAGAAGGCGGGGAGAGUAUGUGACGUGACUGAACCGCCAAGGAAAUACUACCAACAUCCCCACCACCAUGUGUCUUUGUCAGUUAAUAAUGACAACACUACAAGCAGCAAUAGUAAGCACCCCAUAUACGAUGCCGUUCCACCUCCUAAUCCCAAGAGAUUACCUGUUCGACCUCCUAAACCUGUUGAUGAAGAUCUCUACAAAAUCCCCCCUGAGCUCCUUCACUCUUCCAAGCGAAAGAAGAUGCCAGGAUUCUUUUCCUGCUUGGUACCAGCUUGUGCAACAUGAAAUUCUUAUCGCUUUGUGAAGGAAUUUCAUGUUUAUAUAGACAAAGAUAUGUAGUUAGUCUAGUGAUUUAUUUCUUUUUGUUCCAUCAAAAAAUGUUUUGACUAGCAAUGAGAAAUGACUAUGAAAUGGAGAUUUUGUCCCUUGUCUACCAAUGAACUUAUACUAUAUGGAGACUUUGUGAUACACUUCUUGUA